UGCAAGCAAAAAAAUCUAUUAUUUAACUCGGCAAAUGAAAACAAAAUUCAUUUAACUUUUUAAAAAAUAGUUUUGUCAACUUUUUUUAACUUAAAAUGGGAUUUUUCACCAAAGCAGAAGCAAAAUCUCAGGAAGUAAUACCAGGUCUAGAACUAGAUACUGUACAACCACCGCCACCAACCAAAAAAACAACAACUGAAACCGCGAACGAAAGUAAGAAUUCUUCAGAAAAAAACAACGAAAAUAAAGCAAAAAAGGAAUGGGGCUAUGAUUUGUAUCCUGAACGCCGUGGUGAAGAAUUCAAGCCAAAAUGGUCUAGAAUUCUACUGGGUUUCGAGGGUCAUGAGAAUAUGGAUAAAAUCAAAUGUGAACGAAAUGUUUACUGGUGUGUUAAGAAUAGUCCUCUGGUUAAAUUAAUGAUGGGUGCCUUAAAGAGUUCCGGCUGUCCGAUAGACUUGAGAAGACAUAUUUCCUGUGAAGUUUGCGAUUCAUCGGUAACUGGUGGUUAUGAUCCUGUUCUCAAUCAAAUUGUUGUUUGUCAGAAUAUGGCCAAGAAGGAAGGCAUGGUUCAAGGCGUUCUAACACAUGAAAUGAUACACAUGUUCGACUAUUGCAAUAAUGAUUUAGACUUCCGUAAUAUAGAUCACUUGGCCUGCACAGAAAUAAGGGCAGCUAAUUUGGCGCAUUGUUCUUUCUUAAGUGCCAUGAUGCAAGGUGAUGCAUCUGUGUUUGACAUCAAGGAAACACAUCAGAAUUGUGUUAAAUCUAAAGCUUUAGCUUCCGUUUUAGCUGUUCGCAAUGUUACGAGAAAAGAAGCUAUUGAAGCUGUUGAAAGAGUGUUUCCCAAGUGUUAUAAUGACUUGGAACCAAUUGGUCGGCGUAUUAGACGUAAUUCACCGGACCAACAUAGAGCCUAUAUGGAGGCACCCAUGUAUGGUUACGAUGUUUAUUAAGUAGUCUACUAAAAGUUAUAGUUAUUUGAUAAAUAAAUUAAAUUUGUAUAAUUACAAAGA